AUGGAGAGAGAGGAACAAAGUAUGUCUCUGAAUUCACCUUUAUGUGAAGGAAAUGAUGUUGGACUUAAUGAGGAGGGAAACCGAGAAAGGGGUAUCAGGAAGAAGGAAAUUAUUGAAGAAGUGAAAAGGCAGUUAUGGCUAGCGGGGCCUCUCAUAGCUGUGAGUCUAUUGCAAUAUUGUAUACAAAUGAUUUCUGUGAUGUUUGUAGGUCAUCUUGGUGAGUUAAGCUUGUCCGGUGCUUCAAUGGCCACUUCCUUCGCGUCUGUCACUGGUUUCAGCUUGCUGUUGGGAUUGGCAAGUGCGCUUGAUACAUUUUGCGGCCAGUCAUAUGGAGCAAGGCAGUUUCACAUGCUUGGCAUACACAUGCAGAGAGCCAUGUUUGUUCUUUUACUUGUUAGCAUACCCCUUGCUGUCAUCUGGGCAAACACAAGACCUAUUCUAAUUGCCUGCGGCCAACAGAAAGAUAUAGCAGAGGAAGCUGGACUGUAUGCCCGUUUCAUGAUCCCAAGCCUUUUCGCUUAUGGUCUUCUUCAAUGCCUGGUCAAAUUCUUACAGACUCAGAACAUAGUUUUCCCGAUGAUGGCAUGCUCGGGAAUUGCAACUUUACUUCACAUCCUUUGGUGUUGGCUUCUGGUAUUCAAUUUUGGCCUUGGAAAUAGAGGAGCUGCUUUGGCUAAUUCAAUCUCUUAUUGGAUCAAUGUAUUACUAUUGGCAAUUUAUGUCAAGUUCUCUUCUUCAUGUGCAAAAACCUGGACUGGUUUUUCAAAGGAGGCCUUCCAUGAUGUCAUUAAUUUUAUGAGGCUUGCAAUUCCUUCAGCUGUUAUGGUUUGCUUGGAAAUGUGGUCUUUUGAAUUGGUGGUUCUUUUGUCUGGUCUACUUCCUAAUCCGAAGUUGGAAACUUCAGUUCUUUCUAUUAGCCUCAAUACAGCCGCUACAGUUUGGAUGAUCCCUUAUGGACUAAGUGGUGCUGUCAGCACUCGGGUCUCAAAUGAGUUAGGAGCAGGGCAUCCAUACCUUGCACGUUUAGCAGUUUGCGUUGUCAUUGCCAUUGCUGUUACUGAGGGCAUUUUGUUAGCAAUAGUCCUGAUAUCAAUUCGCAAUGUUUGGGGCUACGCCUUUAGCAACGAAAUACAAGUUGUUAAAUAUGUAGCAGUCAUUUUGCCUCUUGUUGCAACAUCGAGCUUCUUAGAUGGACUCCAAUGUGUUCUUUCAGGCAAUGCCAGAGGAUGUGGUUGGCAGAAGAUUGGUGCAUACAUCAAUCUUGGAUCAUAUUAUUUAGUGGGAAUCCCCAUUUCCAUUUUAUUAGCUUUUGUCUUGCAUGUUGGAGGAAAGGGCCUUUGGCUGGGGAUAAUAUGUGCACUCAUUGUGCAAGUUUUUUCUCUUGCCACUAUCACCAUUCGUACUAAUUGGGAGCAAGAGGCAAAGAAAGCUACCGAGAGAGUAUAUGAUGCCAUAAUUCCAGUGGAUAUGGGAUCAUGA